AGAGAGAAAGAGAGGGAGAGAUAGGGAGGGAGGGACUGACCAGAGUGACGGAGGGAGGAGGGACAGGAGGAGGAAAGUAGAGGAGAGGAAGAGAGAUAUUGAAAGAGUCAGCACAGUUAGCGAGUGAGGGAGAGAGCCAGUGAGAAGAGAGAAAGAAAGAGGGAGAAAGAGGGAGUAAAAAAAUAAAGAGCAAAAGAGGUACAGCUCAGCAAAUCAGGGCUUUCAGCCAGCAUAGCUAUUCCCUACUCAGCUGUUGUGUUCCAGCCAGAGAGGAGAGUUUCACUGCCUCUGAAAAGCGAGAUAGAGCAACAAAAAAACGAGAGAAAGGGAGAGGAAGAAGCUAACUCGCUGUGGAAGAGGGGGAGAGAGAGAGAGAGAGGGGGGGAGAGAGAGAGAGCAAGGGAGACAUAGAGAAAGAGAGAGAGAGGGGGAGAGAGAGAGAGCAAGGGAGACAGAGAGAGAGAGAGAGAGAAUAAGAGGUUCUCUGUUCAGAGUUUAGGAGGAGAAAAUGGAUUCCGACUCGGGGGAGCAGAGUGAGGGGGAUCUCUCUCCAGGCCAGGAGUGUUUCAACUCUCGCUCCCUGGCCCUCCAGGCACAGAAGAAGAUCCUAUCCAAGAUGGCGACCGUGGCGGUGGCCAACCUCCUGACAGACGACGUCAGCAGUGAGAUCCUGGACGAGCUGUACAAGGUCAGCCGGGAGUUCACCAAGAGUAAGAAGGAGGCCCACAAGAUCGUCAAAGACGUCAUCAAGAUCGCCCUGAAGAUCGGUAUCCUGUACCGCAACCACCAGUUCAGCCCAGACGAACUGGACACGGUCGAACGCUUCAAGAAGAAGAUGAACCAGGCAGCCAUGACGGCGGUCAGCUUCUACGAGGUGGACUACACGUUCGACCACCGCAUUCUGUCAGAGUUGCUGCUGGAAUGCCGGGAUCUUCUGCAUGCACUGGUGGAGCAGCACCUGACCCUGCGGUCGCACACUCGCAUCGACCACGUGUUCAACCACUUUGCCCAUGGGGAGUUCCUGGCCGAACUGUACGGAGACGGAGAGGAUUACAGACUGUACCUGAGGAAGAUCUGCAACGGGAUCAACAAACUGCUGGACGAGGGAACGCUUUAACCUCUGACCCCUGAUCUCUCACCUCUCACCUGACAUUUGACCUUGCUCCUCCCUUCCUAUUACUCAAUCUCCAUGGUUGUGGCUCAAUAAUCCCCCCUUUCUCCUGAAGUGUGCACUUGUUCACUUCCCUUCAUGGAUUUGAAAGGAAAUUAUUGGUAUAUGGAACUUCCUUGUAGCCCAUGCCUACACUAAUCUAAUAUUUUUACAUUUGUGGGGAUUAGCAGAUGAGUGCACACUUCAGGAAGAAGGAGAGAUUAUUGGGACACACUCCUCCUCUUCCUCUGGUCUCUCCACAGAUCUGCUUUCCCUCCUCUCAUUCCUUCUCUUUUUAAAAACCCUGAUCUGUUCUGUUCUACCUUUUUCCUCCUGUUCUCCCACUUCCUCCUCUCUUUUCUCUCCUCCUCUCCUACUUCCUCCUCUCUUUUCUCUCCUCCUCGCCAACUUCCUCCUCUCUUUUCUCUCCUCCUCUCCCACUUCCUCCUCUCUUUUCUCUCCUCCUCUCCCACUUCCUCCUCUCUUUUCUCUCCUCCUCUCCUACUUCCUCCUCUCUUUUCUCUCCUCCUCUCCAACUUCCUCCUCUCUUUUCUCUCCUCCUCUCCAACUUCCUCCUCUCUUUUCUCUCCUCCUCUCCCACUUCCUCCUCUCUUUUCUCUCCUCCUCUCCCACUUCCUCCUCCCUUUUCUCUCCUCCUCUCCCACAUCCUCCUCUCUUUUCUCUCCUGCCCGGAUCUCUCUUUUAUUCUACUGAGCUUCCUGGACAGGGAUGUGCUUUAAUCUUCCUCUCCUUGUUUCUCCCCUUAUUCUCCUGCUCCUCUACUUUCCUCUCCUUGUUUCUCUCCUUAUUCUCCUGCUCCUCUUCUUUCCACUCCUUGUUUCUCUCCUUAUUCUCCUGCUCCUCUACUUUCCUCUCCUUGUUUCUCUCCUUAUUCUCCUGCUCCUCUUCUUUCCUCUCCUUGUUUCACUCCUCAUUUCUAUGGAGUUUCCAUGACGUUGAUGAACUGUAUGUAUAAUUCUAAGAUAUUUAACUGGUGUCACAACUCUGUUCUGUGAGGUGUUUUCUCUACAUCCUUCUCCCUCACCCUCUCCCUCUCCCUCACCAUCCCCAAAGUUGGUAAGAGUGUGGCGCUAGCAAAUCCAAGGUAAUUGGUUCACUUCCCACAAGGAUCAUACACACAUAUUAAAGACAUAUUUACUCGCGGACAUUGUUCGGUUAGUGGCUUUGCAUAAAAGCAUCUGCUAAGUGACAGAUAUUAUACCCUAAUAGCAUCUAGGAAGUCACAUCAGGAGAGUGUGAAAUGGGGGGUGGAUCACCAGCUUAGCGUCUGAUAGGCUAUGACUGCGACUGGUCGUUCACAUAGCAACGUAGCCCACAUAAAACAACAAGACCCACGAGAGACCUGUGAAUCAGAAGACUUCUUUCCCUCUUUGGCAUUCAAGAAAUCCAGAAUCUGUGUUGAUUACGUGAUGGCAACAUUAUACAUACUGUAUUCUGUAGUGUUCGUACUUAUAGCUUUACUGCUCUGAAUCAAGGCCAAAAAGAAUGAUGAUGUUUUGUAAAUACACUGUUUGUUCUCUCUCCUUUUGUCAUCAUUACUGUGUGUGGGCGUCAUGAUGUCUUAUAUCAAGACCAGGAGUUUUUCCUGACCACGUGACCUUCAUUACCAGGAAAAAUUUCUGACCAUAUAGUACUGUAUACUGUAUACAUCGUUAACCAAUCACAGCCAACCGUUACCAUUUCCUGCCAAAUACUAAGCCUGGGAUUCAAUCUUCCACGCACUAUAACAAUCUUUGAAAGAAGGAGGCCCACAAGAUGUUUACCAUGAAUACAAUCUCCGGGAAUGUCAGGGCAAAUGCCUUUAAAAGCUGCAUUGUUGGUUGUAGUACGCCGCGGAUUGAGGCCAGGCCUAAAUGAAUCUUGCCGCUCUGAUUGUUAAGGCCUUGAUGAUAACUCUGUCCCUAUGGUGUUCUCUGCAUUUUCCCUAUAGAGCAGUGUUUUGUGUGUGUGUGUGUAUGUGUGUCUGUGUGUAUGUACACAUUUUACUAUACUUGAGAAUACAAAAAUAGUAAACCAACUCAAAUUCAGGGAAGUUAGGAAAUUUUGCCGGUCCUCACUUGCAAAAAUGCUUUUAAGGCUAGGGAUUAGGUUAAGGAUUAGUGUUAGAAUUAGGGUUAGGAUUAGAGGUUAGAGGUUAGGUUUAGGGUUACGGUUAGGGUUAGAAGUUAGGAUUAGGGGUUAAGGUUAGGGUUAAGGUAAGGAUUAGGUUUAGCGUUAAGGAAAAUGCGAUUAUGAAUCAAUUGUUGGUCCCCAAAAAGUCCUCACAAGUAUAGUAAGACGUACAGUAUGUGUGUGUGUGUGCUCGCGUGCGCAUCAUGUGUCUGUGUCUGUAUCCUCUCUGCCAGGGUGUAACAAGUUCAUCUUUUAAUAAAGAGUCCUUAUAAAUCA